AUGCAGCAGAUGUUAAAUCCGAAGCGCUUUCCCAUCCACUUCGCCUAUGUGGCCGUCGCGUCGUUCAUAUUGAUAGCACUUUUAAGUAGCAGUUCGUACAUGCAAUCGCAAGAUUGCUUCUGUAGGAACCUAGAGAAUCCCGAGCUGACUACCGCCGCCGCCGCCGCCACCGCCGCCGUCGUCACCGCUUCCGCCUCGUAUCUUUCUGGAGACCUUGCUAACGCAAGACGGGAUUUAGAGUCCCGUAGACCUUCCCCCACCUCCGCCGCCGCCGUUCCCGCUGCGGGAGACUCGCAGCUCCUUCCUGCAGCGACGAUCGGAUCCGUCUCCGCGUUUUCCGGGGGCGGGGACGACGGCGCCGGUGCCGGGACCAGUAAAGACGCCGCAUCAGCUGACGACAACGAUAGCAACCGUCCGUUUAUUUACGUGUACGACACGCAAUCGGAGUGGACGGAGGGGAUGAAGGGCCGCCCCAAGGAGUGGUUUUCUGACCAAUACGAGGUGGAGUCGGUACUAACGGAGCUUCUUAUGCGUUCUAACGCGAUUCGCACGACGGAUCCUGAAAAGGCGACGCUGUUUUACAUCCCGUACUAUUCGUCGAACCACAUCGCGCAUGUGAACAAGAAUGAGAAAAACAUGAUGGAUAAGUCUGCCGGGGAAGUGUCUAAGGCGUGGCACGACAUUCUCACCAUGAUUCGCCGCGAUUACCCCUACUUCAACCGCACCAACGGCCGAGAUCACUUCGGCACGAGCACGUUCGAUCACGGCCGUUGCCUCGCGUUGCCGUGGGUCAACCCGGAUUUGUACGGCGAGAUGUUCUUUAUCGUGCUUAAUGGGGACCGCCUUGCGCGCACCAUCCACUCCUCUAAACAGAGGAACAUGCAGGUAGGGAGGGAAGCUGGUAGGAAGGGAGCAGUGGACAGGUGCGAGAUGUUUUUUAUCGUGCUCAACGGGGACCGCCUUGCACGCACCAUCCACUCCUCUAAGAAGAGGAACAUGCAGGUAGGGAGGGAAGCUGGUAGGAAGGGAGCAGUGGACAGGUGCGAGAUGUUUUUUAUCGUGCUCAACGGGGACCGCCUUGCACGCACCAUCCACUCCUCUAAACAGAGGAACAUGCAGGUAGGGAGGGAAGCUGGUAGGAAGGGAGCAGUGGACAGGUGCGAAAUGUUUUUUAUCGUGCUCAACGGGGACCGCCUUGCACGCACCAUCCACUCCUCUAAGAAGAGGAACAUGCAGGUAGGGAGGGAAGCUGGUAGGAAGGGAGCAGUGGACAGGUGCGAAAUGUUUUUUAUCGUGCUCAACGGGGACCGCCUUGCACGCACCAUCCACUCCUCUAAGAAGAGGAACAUGCAGGUAGGGAGGGAAGCUGGUAGGAAGGGAGCAGUGGACAGUGCUACGCCCGCACUGCACCUUCCACUCGUCCAGUGCUACGCCCGCACUGCACCUUCCACUCGUCCAGUGCUACGCCCGCACUGCACCUUCCACUCGUCCACUGCUACGCCCGCACUGCACCUUCCACUCGUCCAGUGCUACGCCCGCACUGCACCUUCCACUCGUCCAGUGCUACGCCCGCACUGCACCUUCCACUCGUCCACUGCUACGCCCGCACUGCACUGCACCUUCCACUCGUCCAGUGCUACGCCCGCACUGCACCUUCCACUCGUCCAGUGCUACUCCUGCACCUACCAUUUGUGUUUGAGGUGGGUUGUUGAGGCGAGAGGCUUGUAUCUAGGCGCCUCAAAGUUCCGUCUCAACAUUCCCUGCUACACGCCUGUCCCUCACGCCACGCCCCUCAUGCCACGCCCCUCACGCCACGCCCCUCAUGCCACGCCCCUCACGCCACGCCCCUCAUGCCACGCCCCUCAUGCCACGCCCCUCAUGCCACGCCCCUCAUGCCCGUCCCAUGCGAGCCAUCUUCCACCUCUCAGCCCAUUCCGUCCCAUGCUGCCCGCACAUCCCUCUCUCUCACUCUAUCUCUCCCACCACACACACCAACCACCCCUCCAGCUGCCCAUGGUGUCGCCCUUCACUGGCAAUCGUACCAUGCGAGCCAUCUUCCGCUUCUCAAUGCAGCCGAACCACAGGGCGCCCCUCACGCACCACGGCCAUUCCUUACGCCCCGAGCUGCUCAAAAUGUACGGGCGGCAGCGUAUCAAAGGGUGGAGCUUUGCAGCCAGGGGGGAGAGGCAGACCAACAAGGAGUGGCAGAUGGCUGUCUUUUGCAUCUGCCCGCCCGGCCACUCCCAGUGGACCAGCCGCCCCUUCAAGGCGCUCAUCUCGGGGUGCAUCCCAGUGACGUUCUUUCGAGACCACGACAAUCCCUGGGACGAUGAGCUGGACUACUCCUCCUUCUCCAUCAACAUCGAUCCCGACGGCAUUGCUUCUCUGCGCUCCCGUCUAGAGACCGCUCCUGUGGAGCAGCUGCAACGCGGCGUGGAGACGGUGCAGGUGGGUUGGCAUCGGUGCAGUGCGGUGGAAUGUCGACUCGAAACCGUGGCGAUGCACGUGAUCGUUGGCGUGUGCCCCCCUAUACACAAGGGACAGAGUAGCAGCUUCUAA